AUGAUAAAAAUUCCAGCUCGAUCCAACAAAGUUAGAGCGGCAAAAAUACGUCGUUUUGGUUAUUCACAUCGUAUUCCAUUUGCAAAUUUUAUUCAACGUUAUUCAAUACUUGUCUAUCCAAUAACAAUGGAUAUACCAUUAACACGUGAAACUUGUGAAAAUAUUUUACAUCAUUUAAAAAUGCAAAAUUGGACAACUGGUAAAAGUAAAGUAUUUUUAAAAUAUUAUCAUGCUGAACAAUUAACACGUCUUUAUUCUGAUAUGGUCAAUGCUGUUACAAUAAUACAAUCAUAUGUACGUAUGCAUUUAGCACGUUUAUAUCUUAAACAUCGUCAAUAUAAACAUUCAAAUGAUAUAAUUAUUCAAGAACUUAAUCGACAUCCAAAAUUUUCACGAUUAAUGAUUACUGAUGAACAAAUAAAAGAAAAAGCAAUUAUUUGUAUUCAAUCAUGUAUACGUGGUUAUUUACAACGACGUCAUUUUAUUCAAUUAAUAAAAAAACCUUUAACUAAAGAAACAGCUGCAAUUGUCAUACAAAAAUAUUAUCGUGGUUAUAUUUUUCGAAAAGCUUAUUAUAUUUAUAAACAACGUUUAAAUAUACAAAUGCUUUGUUUUUUACAACAAAUUGAAUUCCUUAAUAAUGAUUUUUUUACAAAAAUUGUUCGUACAAAUUAUUGUGUUUCAUUGAAAUCAAUUGAAACAAUAACAAAUAAUCAUAUUAAUAAUAAUAAUAAUAAACAAGCAAAUAAAUUUAUUCAAUAUGUUUUUCCACCACCACCACCAUUACCAUUACCAUCAACAUGUGCAGUUUUUCCAUCACCAUUAUCACAUUCUGAUUCAUUAAAUCCAAUUAAAAUACCAAUAAAUUCAUCAUCAUCAAUAUUAUCAUUUACAUCACGUUUAUCACCAAUACAUCAUAAUUUAAUUUUAACAUCUCAUUCAAAUCGUUCUCCAUCGCCAACACCAUCCGUUUCAAAAUUUGCUCAAGUUCGAGACAUGUUUGCACGUGCUCAAGUAACAACAUCCGUCAUAACUCAUCAUUCUAAUCCAAUAAAAAAUCAUAUACAAAUAAAUACAACAUUAUCAUCACAAAUAAAUCCAUCUAUUGAACAAAGUCGUAGUCCAAAAUCAACAACUGUUUUAAAUGCUGUACAAGAAUAUCAACGACAACAUAUCAAUAUUCAUCAACCUGUUGUUAAACGUUUUACACAAUUAAAUAAUGGUGUAAAUUCUAAUAUUAAUCGUUCAUCAAAUAUUGCAGGCGUACGAGCACGUGUUAUUGGACAACCUGGUUUAAAUAAUAAUAAAUUACAAAAUAAAUCAAAUCUACCUGCUUAUGCUACAUCAUCUCCAAAACAACAACCAAAACCUAUUGCACGAGAACCAUCUAUGUCUACACAACCAAAAUAUCCAUUUCAUGUUUUACUUCGUAAAACUGGUCAGGAUUUAAGUACGGGACAAACAUUAACAAAACGUCGAACAAUAAAUGAAACAAAACAAAUUGAUUUUCGUAGUGUACUGAAAUCUCGACAUACAUUAAAUGGUACAACGGAUAAUGAUAUAAUUAUUAGAUCGAACAGUUUAUCGCAACAUAUGAAUAUGGAUAGUCGAAUACGAAUGAAUGAUCUUUAA